AUGCGCAACUCGACACGGGUUACUGAACGCUGCGUUGUGCCUGACAUUGCUGCCAGAGAGUUGCUGUACUGGGACUACAACUCUAUGGAUUCAGGAGGCGGCCAUACAAUGGCAAAGUGCUCCAUGACCACGUCAUUCAUCGGCGUUCGUGUCUCGUGUUCGGGCUGGGAUUGCGAGGCCACAGCGAUACGACUGACAGCACUGGCGCCCGGGGAAAGUCGGAGGACGAACAUAACCUUCUUCGAUAGCUGUCCCAAAGAGGAAGAAAGCCUAUGGAACUGGUUCUUCCAGUGUUUCAGUACUUUGACGGACAACGGCAGCGGGGGAGUGGGUGUGACCACCAUUUUACAAUCGUACUUGGUCGAUCCGAACCUGGGAUUGAACUCCACGGCUGCUCGUAACCUUCCACCGGUCUACACGAUAGGAAAAGAGUUGUUUUCCGUUCGCCUGGGCCAGAUUCUCAACACCUACUGGCUGGCCAUGAUAGGGAACGAGCCGUUGUUCCUGGGUCAUCCCGAGAACUACGACGGCGUAACAACGUGGUCUCCGGGAAGCGGAGACGCCUUGUCUUACGACAACUACGUCUUCUCAAAGUCGGAAGCCAAUGUAUAUGUUCGCGUACAAGUUCUCCGAUAUGAUAAGGCGUGGAUGGCCGUUUUGAUCGCGUCAACUUUGGUGUUGCUGCUCACAACAAUCUUGGACUUUGCGCUGAACCUGAAGAUUUGGGUCCCGAAGCUUCUAAUGAACACCUCGACUUUGACGAGGGGUAACCCCAACUUUGAGGUGCCGGUCGGCGGUGGAGCGCUUUCAGACGAGGCUAGGGCUAGGCUCUUAGCCGACGUUAAGGUCAGGUUCGGGGAUUCUGAAGGGGUCGAUGAUUCUCAUGAUCUCAUAAUUGGAAAUUGCGUGGAAUACGGGGGUCGUGUGUCUAAGCUGACGAAGCGCAAACUUUACGCUUGA